CCAGAUUAUGCUUGGCAUCUUUAAUGUUUUAAUGUGGUAUUUCCUGUUGGUUUUAUAUAUGGGACAAAUUAAAGGAGUCUUUGGGAAAUACGAACCUUUAACAUACAGAACAGGAUGCACACUGUGGGGAGUUUUUUUUAUCAUAUCAGGAGCUUGCAUAAUAAAAGCAACAAAGAAUCCAACUCAAAGCAUGAUUGUGUCUUCUUUAGGCCUGGAUAUCUUAUGCAUAAUUACUGGGUUGAUUGCAAUAGUUCUGACAGUGGUGGAGUUGUCUAAAUUUAAAACUGUGUCAUAUAAGAAUUAUGGACAAGCGAAACUGGGGAGGGAAGUUUCGCGUGUGUUACUGAUCGUCUACCACCUGGAAGUUUCCAUUGCCCUUACACAUGCGAUCUUCAUGUGUGGCAGUUUGAGUCAACAACAUGAUGAUGUUUCCACGCCUGCUACAGAGGAGGCUGAAAGUGCUUUGUGAAAACCUUAGAAAGGCAGGAUUUUUACUGAUGCCGAUACCUGAUGUGGGUGCUAUGAUAUUUUGGUAUAACAAAGCUGCUGCAAAACCUGCAGAUUUUAUGCAAAAGAAAAUAGAAAACAAGUUGAAUUUUUCUCCUCAACAUUCAAGAAAUUUCUAUAUGCACUUUUCUAGGCUCCAAGGAGAAAGCUUUUUCCUACCUAAGGAUGUGAUUAUUACAAGGAAGAAUUUGUUAUCUAGAUAGUAUGAACAGCUGUCAACAUCCCACAAACUUUUAUGGAGCACUCUAAAACACACUUUUUCUCUAGAGUGCAGGCUAAAGACUUCAAGUGUGAUGUUGUGUAACUCAUAAGAAAAUAUUGUCUCCCUAUGAGAAAAAAAAUCAUAUUUCACAUUCUAAGUUUGUCAGCGGAACUAGCUUUUCCCUUAACAAAGUAUGGCAAAGGCCACCAAUUCAGAGUCGCUCAUUGUUCCUUGACUUUCACCGCUCCUCAUUAAAGUUCCUUUCUGCUCCAGAA